UGUACAGCCCAGAUCGCAUCCUUGCACCGUCUGGAUUAGAGCUGAGUCGUCUGCGAACCGAGCGUGGCCCGAGCGGUGUUCUGGCCCCAGGACCAUAGCGCUGUCUACCCGGACUCAGGUACGUCUCAAGUCCAAUUCUCCAAGCAGACCCAGCGUCUAGCCUAGGGCUUGCCACCGCGACGUCCAUUGUACUCUUGAGCAGUUUACUUUGAUGCGCUAGUGAAGAAGGGAGCUCGAAUUCCCCUAGAAACGCCUCCAGGACAAGGAGGUGGUCCUGGAGGACCAAGAGGAGGAGGAGGACGGGAAGGAGGCGGGGGCGCCGGCGGCGGCGAAAGUGUUGGACCAGCGGUGUUGGCUAGCAGGACUGAGCUGGGGGAGGCAAGGCGUCGGGCAUCUGUCUACGUUGGGAGCCCGCAGAACCCGCUGGCAGGACGAGCGUGGGAAAGCGGCUGGCCGGCUGUGGACCGCGUCCUCAGCACAAUGGUCCGGCUCCUCUUAGUUUUUUUCCCAGCGAUCUUUUUGGAGAUGUCCCUUCUUCCCAGGGGACCCAGCAGGAAAGUGUUGCUGGCGGGAGCCUCAUCUCAGCGCUCGGUGGCCCGAAUGGACGGAGAUGUCAUCAUUGGAGCCCUCUUUUCAGUCCACCACCAGCCGCCGGCGGAGAAGGUGCCCGAGAGGAAGUGUGGAGAGAUCAGGGAGCAGUAUGGCAUCCAGAGAGUGGAGGCCAUGUUCCAUACAUUGGAUAAGAUUAACGCGGACCCGGUCCUCCUGCCCAAUAUCACUCUAGGCAGUGAGAUCCGGGACUCCUGCUGGCACUCUUCCGUGGCUCUGGAGCAGAGCAUUGAGUUCAUCAGGGACUCUUUGAUUUCCAUUCGAGAUGAAAAGGAUGGGCUCAACCGGUGCCUGCCUGAUGGUCAGUCCCUCCCCUUAGGCAGGACUAAAAAGCCUAUUGCGGGGGUGAUCGGGCCAGGCUCCAGCUCCGUAGCCAUUCAAGUGCAAAACCUGCUUCAGCUCUUCGACAUCCCCCAGAUUGCGUAUUCUGCCACGAGCAUCGACCUGAGUGACAAAACUUUGUACAAAUACUUCCUGAGGGUUGUCCCUUCUGACACUUUGCAAGCAAGGGCAAUGCUUGAUAUAGUCAAACGUUACAAUUGGACCUAUGUCUCUGCAGUCCACACAGAAGGGAAUUAUGGGGAGAGCGGAAUGGAUGCUUUCAAAGAGCUGGCUGCCCAGGAAGGCCUGUGUAUCGCCCAUUCAGACAAAAUCUACAGCAAUGCUGGGGAAAAGAGCUUUGACCGACUCCUGCGCAAGCUCCGGGAGAGGCUUCCUAAGGCCAGAGUGGUGGUCUGCUUCUGCGAAGGUAUGACGGUCCGAGGCCUCCUGAGUGCCAUGAGGCGCCUGGGCGUCGUGGGAGAGUUCUCACUCAUUGGAAGUGAUGGAUGGGCAGACAGAGAUGAAGUCAUUGAAGGUUAUGAGGUGGAAGCCAACGGGGGAAUCACAAUAAAGCUGCAAUCUCCAGAGGUCAGGUCAUUUGAUGAUUAUUUCCUGAAACUGAGACUGGACACUAAUACAAGGAAUCCCUGGUUCCCUGAGUUCUGGCAACAUCGGUUCCAGUGCCGCCUACCAGGACACCUUCUGGAAAAUCCCAACUUUAAAAGAAUCUGCACAGGCAAUGAAAGCUUAGAAGAAAACUAUGUACAGGACAGUAAGAUGGGGUUUGUCAUCAAUGCCAUCUACGCCAUGGCUCAUGGGCUGCAGAACAUGCACCACGCUCUCUGCCCAGGCCAUGUGGGCCUCUGUGAUGCCAUGAAGCCCAUCGACGGCAGCAAACUCCUGGACUUCCUCAUCAAGUCCACGUUCAUCGGUGUGUCUGGAGAGGAGGUGUGGUUUGAUGAGAAAGGGGAUGCUCCUGGAAGGUAUGAUAUCAUGAAUCUUCAGUACACAGAAGCUAAUCGCUAUGACUACGUACAUGUAGGAACCUGGCACGAAGGCGUGUUGAACAUCGAUGAUUACAAAAUCCAAAUGAACAAGAGUGGAGUGGUACGGUCUGUGUGCAGUGAGCCUUGCUUAAAGGGUCAAAUUAAGGUCAUACGGAAAGGAGAAGUGAGUUGCUGCUGGAUUUGCACAGCCUGCAAAGAGAAUGAAUACGUGCAAGAUGAGUUCACCUGUAAAGCCUGUGACUUAGGGUGGUGGCCCAGUGCAGAUCUAACAGGCUGUGAACCUAUUCCUGUGCGCUAUCUCGAGUGGAGCAACAUAGAAUCCAUUAUAGCCAUCGCCUUUUCCUGCCUGGGCAUACUUGUCACCUUGUUUGUUACCCUCAUCUUUGUGCUGUACCGGGACACACCAGUGGUCAAAUCCUCCAGUCGGGAGCUCUGCUACAUUAUUCUAGCUGGCAUCUUCCUCGGUUAUGUGUGCCCUUUUACCCUCAUUGCCAAGCCUACCACCACAUCCUGCUACCUCCAGCGCCUUCUGGUUGGCCUCUCCUCUGCCAUGUGCUAUUCUGCUUUAGUGACCAAAACCAACCGAAUUGCACGUAUCCUAGCUGGCAGCAAGAAGAAAAUCUGUACCAGGAAGCCCAGGUUCAUGAGUGCCUGGGCCCAGGUGAUCAUUGCCUCAAUCCUGAUUAGUGUGCAGCUAACCCUGGUGGUAACCUUGAUCAUCAUGGAGCCCCCCAUGCCCAUCCUGUCCUACCCAAGUAUCAAGGAAGUCUACCUUAUCUGCAAUACCAGCAACCUGGGUGUGGUGGCCCCUCUGGGUUACAAUGGACUCCUCAUCAUGAGCUGUACCUAUUAUGCCUUCAAGACCCGCAAUGUGCCCGCCAACUUCAAUGAGGCCAAAUAUAUUGCCUUCACCAUGUAUACCACCUGCAUCAUCUGGCUGGCUUUUGUGCCCAUUUACUUUGGGAGCAACUACAAGAUCAUUACCACCUGCUUUGCAGUGAGCCUCAGUGUAACAGUGGCCCUGGGGUGCAUGUUCACUCCCAAGAUGUAUAUCAUUAUUGCCAAGCCUGAGAGGAAUGUCCGCAGUGCCUUCACCACCUCUGACGUAGUCCGCAUGCAUGUUGGCGAUGGCAAGCUGCCCUGCCGCUCCAACACUUUCCUCAACAUUUUCCGAAGAAAGAAGCCAGGGGCAGGGAAUGCCAAUUCUAAUGGCAAGUCUGUGUCAUGGUCUGAACCAGGUGGAAGACAGGUGCCCAAGGGACAGCACAUGUGGCACCGCCUCUCUGUGCACGUGAAGACCAAUGAGACGGCCUGCAACCAAACAGCCGUCAUCAAGCCCCUCACUAAAAGUUACCAGGGCUCCGGCAAGAGCCUCACCUUUUCAGAUACCAGCACCAAGACCCUUUACAACGUAGAGGAGGAGGAUGCCCAGCCGGUUGGCUUCAGCCCUCCCAACAGUCCUUCUAUGGUGGUGCACCGACGGGUGCCAACUGCGGUGAGCACCCCACCUCUGCUGCCCCACCUGACCACAGAGGAGACCCCCCUGUUCCUGGCAGACCCGGCCAUCCCCAAGGGCUUGCCCCCUCCCCUCCAGCAGCCACCGCAACCUCAGAAAUCCCUGAUGGACCAGCUACAGGGAGUGGUCAACAAUUUCAGCACCGGGAUCCCGGAUUUCAAUGCGGUGCUCGCAGUUCCUGGGGGCCCGGGGAACGGGGUGCGCUCGCUGUACCCGACCCCGGCGCCUCCGCAGCACCUGCAAAUGCUCCCGCUGCAGCUGAGCACCUUCGGGGAGGAGCCCGCCUCCCCGCCAGCAGACGACGACGACGAGGACGACAGUGAGAGGUUCAAGCUCCUCCAAGAGUACUUGUAUGAGCGGGAAGGGAACACGGAGGAAGACGAACUGGAAGAGGAAGACGAAGAUCUGCAGGCGGCCAGCAAACCCGCCCCCGAAGAUUCGCCUGCUCUAACGCCUCCAUCGCCUUUCCGUGACUCCGUGGCCUCGGGCAGCUCGGUGCCCAGCUCCCCCGUGUCCGAAUCGGUGCUCUGCACCCCUCCCAACGUGACCUAUGCCUCGGUCAUCCUGAGGGACUAUAAGCAAAGCUCUUCCACCCUGUAGGAAGGAGGUGUCCACUUGGAAAGCAAGAGAAACCAGGGAGCACCAGCACCUCUGGAGAUGUGCGGAUAGCUGGGAGGAGGAGAUGGGAGAGGAGCGUGAAAGUGUGCGGGAAAGGGAGACAAUGCUGCUGCUGCCUUAGGGAAGGCCAGAGGAAACUGCUCUGCAAGCAAAAAAAAUCCCAGCGAGGAUCCCGGUUCUUGAAUUAUUCAAAAACCUUCUCUGGGAAGAAAGGGAAUUCUGACAAAGCACAAUCCCAUAUAGUGUACAACUUUCACCGCAUAAAUGAAUAAAUACAUGCGUACAUAAAUAAACAAACAAACAAACAGAAAUAAUCUCUUCUUUUGGACAAUUGUGCAUAGAUACACUCGCCCACACACGCUUAGCUUGAAGAGACAGCACAUGUGGACCAGCCAGGUGAAUCGUUAGUUGACAUCAUGGUAUUCAUGGCAGUCAUGGCGAGCGUGGGGCAGCCAGACCCAGUAGGUGGGUGAAGGAGGGGCAGGGAUGGAACCACCCAUGGAACAGCAGCUCAUUUUUCUCUAUCCCUUCUCCUUACUAGUGUUCAGGAGCCUAGGGAAUUGGCCCAGACAGGGGCCUCUCUUCACCCAUUACACCUGAGGCAGAGCCAGCCUUGUCACACUUGGAAAAAAAUGUAUGGACACCCUGCUGCUCUGUGAUGUCUCUCUACUUAGGAAAACAGGAAUCAGAGCAAAAGCAUCACCAAAAACUGCUUCAUCAGGAGUGCUAAGGGAAGAUGGAAUGAGACAGUACAUAAGCGUGAGGUGGUGAACACAAUCAGCGCAGGUAACGUUCCAUAGCUGACACUCGCUUAUUGGUGAUUUUGGAAAAAAGGCUAGAACAAGAUUGGAGAGUGGCAGAAGAUGUUUUGUGGAUGAUCUUGUAUUUGUGCCAAGGGGGCUCUUCUCUGCCCUUCAAUGAAAGAGAACAAAACAUGUGGCAAAAUUGUUACCUUACAUUUACUGUAGCAAAUAUUAUUACCAGUUGAACUUCUAAGAUGCAGUAUGUGUACUUGGUGCCAUUGUUUCUCCUACGUACUAAGGAAACAAAUGAUCUUCGAACUUAAUGGUGUACUCAUAGCAACUAUUACUGGUUCAAUGACAAAUAAUUCUUUCCUCUUGUCAUCCAAGUCCCUGUAACUAGUACGUAAAUGUGUGCCUGUGUCCUUGUGUACAUGUGAUAAUAAAAUUUGUGCAAUGUGAUGUCAGUGGAAUUGCAACCAGAAGGUUGUCUUUCCGAUAGAGUAUAGAUAUUUUUAUGUUCUAAAAAUGUUUUAUAUAUUGUCACCAAUAUUUACAGAAGUUCUUUGAAGGUUUGAGUGCUGUGGUCUCGUGGUUUUCAUAUGCUGCUCAGACGGUUUUUCCUCAUCUAAGAGGGAAUUUAUUUUUCAGAUAUUAUCCAGAUAUUUAAUGAUGUGGCUUAAAAAUUUGUCAUGUUAAAAAUUCACAAAAAACUGGGGGUAACAAUAAAGAGGUACAUUUUAUAUAUUUUCACACAUCAUUAUUAAAACAUGAGAUCGAAUGACAGUAUUAAGAUUAUUUCAGGUCACUUUAGAUUUUUUUUAAAAAGAUUUUCCACAGUAACGUGAGCUUUCAGUGAUUGAAACAUAUAUUAACCUCUAUGUCUGGUCAUAUUUUUUUCAAAUCAUCUAUCCAUCACUUCUUACUUUCUUUUAAUUGUUAUUUCCAUGUACUUUUAUUCCUCCAUUUUCACUGUCAUCACUUUUCUUUAUAUUUUUGUCAUUUGCUGUAUGUAAUAUCCAUGUAUGUGUAAUCCAGUUGUUUUAUUUUUACCUCCUUAUUACACCCAAUAAAAGCAAUUUUUCUUGCUGUUUUGAUUUCUUCUAUUAUUUGUGGAAUGAAGCUCACCCCUUUAAAUAUCUGUUUAUGCCGUAUGUGCAGUCAUAUUUUAAUAUGCUUCCUUCAUGUGGGAGCUGAUUUCUCAGCCAAAAAUCAUCUUAGAGUCUUUAAAUACCCACUGCAUCAUUUGUUCAGAAUUUAACAGCAGCUCCAAUGUUUGAGGCUCAUGUUUCUUAUGUCUUCCCAUAUUCCACUGCCAAGUUUAGUUGGUUCCAUAUCAAGAAUGGACUGCCUUUCCUUUAAACAAUUAUUUCUAACCCCUUUGGUAGAAAGACCUCGUGACUGAAACAAAUUUUAGUUCCAUGUUUUCACAGUAAUGAAGCAGAGUGAGGAAUGUAGAUGGUUCCAGUGCUUAAUAGAUGGUCUGCUCAUUGGCAAACUAGCAACUAAAAGCUUACUAUCUAUUAUUCGUGAGACAUGUUUUUUUUAUCUUAAUGCCACUAAUAUAUGUCCUUGAUAUCACAGGACUUGUGCAUUCAGAUUUUUUUUUUUUAAAGUAAGAAUAGACAGGAGAGCUGCUCUACUAUUCAAAUAAUAUAAGAUGUCAGUUUGUUCUGAGGUUUUAGUCUGAGACAUUUGGUGAACACAUUCAACACCUAUUACAUUAUUUCUCUGAAUGCCUAAUAUCAUCAUGAUUAAAAGUUUUCUUGAACAUAAUACAGUAUUAGCUCUUAUAGCAUAAUUGUUCAAAAUUGGAAAUGUACACAUACGUACCCUGUACCAAAAGGGCAGAUACUCUUCACCUUAAUGUAUGUGCUUAUACAAGUUGUUUAGCUUCUUGUAAAAGUGUUUUCCUUUGGCUCAUUACUGCCUUUUGUCAGAUAAUCUUGA